AUGCUUUCUAAAUUAGCCAAAGCAAGAAGUGUUUUCUAAAGCACGAUUAAGGGAAUCAGCGCUCCCUUUUCUUCAAGCUAGUAAGCUGCUUCUUCUAACUUGCAAUCUUUCUAUGAUUUCCCUGUUCUUAACAUGGAAUUAGAUAAGGAUAGUGACAUUUACAAAUCAAAUAUGGAAUCAUCUAAGAAGAUUAAUUCUGAAUUUUAAGCAGUCAUCAAUAAAAUCCUUGAAGGUGGUCCUAAAACUGCCCACGAUAAGCUCAAGGAAAGAAAGAAAUUGCCAGUCCGUGAAAGAAUCGCUAAACUUCUUGACCCUGGCAGCCCAUUUUUGGAGCUCUCUCAAUUGGCUGGCUAUGAGCUAUAUGGAAAGGAAGAAGUUCCAUCUGGUGGUGUAGUAACUGGUGUAGGUUUGAUUCACAACAAGUUUUGCGUAAUCGUUGCCAACGACCCUACAGUUAAAGGUGGUUCUUAUUACCCUAUCACUGUCAAAAAGCAUCUUAGAGCAUAGGAAAUUGCUGAAUAAAACAACCUUCCUUGCGUCUAUUUAGUUGACAGUGGUGGUGCUAAUCUUCCUAGAUAAGACGACGUCUUCCCUGAUAAAAAUCACUUUGGUAGAAUCUUUUACAACCAAGCAAAUCUUUCUGCUAAAGGAAUUCCUCAAAUUGCUCUCGUUUUGGGUUCAUGUACUGCAGGUGGUGCUUACGUUCCAGCUAUGUCUGAUGAAAACGUCAUUGUAAAGGGUAACGGUACUGUUUUCUUAGGUGGUCCUCCUCUUGUUAAAGCUGCAACUGGUGAAAUUGUUUCUGCUGAAGAUUUGGGUGGUGCUGAUGUCCACUGCAAGGUAUCUGGUUUGACUGAUCAUUAUGCUCACGAUGAACUCGAAGCCUUAAGAAUUGGUCGUUCUAUUGUUAAGAAUCUUAAAACCCCAGAAUUUAAUUUUGACUUAAGCAAUGUUGAAGCUCCUCUUUACGAUCCAGUUGAAUUAAAUGCUAUUUUAAGUCCUGAUUUGAAAAAGAGUGUUGAUUCUAGACACGUUAUUGCUAGAAUUGUUGAUGGUUCCAAAUUCUAGGAAUUCAAAAAAGAAUACGGUUCUACUUUAGUUACUGGUUUUGCUAAAUUAUACAACUAAGAAGUUGGUAUUGUUGCUAAUAAUGGUGUCUUAUUCUCAGAAAGUGCUUUGAAGGGUGCUCACUUCAUCGAAUUAUGUUCAUAGAGAAACAUCCCUUUAAUCUUCUUGUAAAAUAUUACUGGUUUCAUGGUUGGUAGCAAGUAUGAAAGUGAAGGUAUUGCUAAACACGGUGCAAAGAUGGUUAAUGCUGUCUCAACUUCCUAGGUUCCUAAAUUAAGUUUAUUGUUUGGUGGAUCCUUCGGUGCUGGUAAUUAUGGUAUGUGUGGACGUGCUUACUCUCCUAAUUAUUUAUUCUCUUGGCCCAUUUCUAAAAUUUCAGUUAUGGGUGGUGAAUAGGCUGCAGGUGUAAUGUUAGAAAUAGAAAAGGCUAAAGCUAAAGCAUAAAAAAAAGAUUUAAAUCAUGAAGAAUUAGAAGCAAUGAGAUAAAAAUUCGUUCAAGCUUAUGAAAAACAAGCUAGUAUUUAUCAUAGCAGUUCCAGAUUAUGGGAUGAUGGUGUUAUUCUUCCUGAAUAAACUCGUGAGUUAUUAGGUUUAAGUUUACUUACAACUUUAGCUAACAAAUAGAUUUAACCAUCUAAAUUUGGUGUCUUUAGAAUGUGA